AUAUUAAUGAGCUUAAAAUACUGCAUUAAAGAGAGUCACGAAAACUAACCAGUAUCUUUUUUUCUAAGAGAGAAUGAGCAUUGGGUUCUAUGCUGUGCAAUGUGUUAAUAUGAAUCGGAUCUACCAAAAUAAUCAUUUAUUUCUCUCAAGGAUCUAGAAAAAAUCAACAAAGAAACUCAAAAAAAAUUAGAUUCAUCAGAAAUUAUCCAACACCUAUACAGUGCCUUAUACAACCUAAAACAAUGGCAAUCAAAUGUUGAGAGCCUUUUAUUAGAACUAAAAACUUAACUUUAAUCAAAAGUAGACCAUUUCUCUACUUUAAUUGAAACCCUUAAUUAAAACACUGAUUACUUUGUUUUCAACAACGAAAAGCUGCAAGAAGUUCUUAAUUUUAGAGAAUAACUAAAACUAGAGUUGGAAACAUGUGAAAGUGAUGUAUAAAAUCUUUAAUUGAAUUUGGAAAAUGCCUUUCUAAUCUUAACACUAAGCUCAUCCUCUCAGCAAACAGAAAAAGAAAAAAAAGUUCCCUCAACUAUUGGUGAAUAAACAGAUAAACCAGAAAAAUCUAAUUCAAAUUCUAUUAUCAAUGAAUUGAAACCUUAGAGCAAUUAGUCAUUAUAAAUUGAGAUGGAAUAGCUUGUAGAUUCACCUAAUCAUCAACCCAAGACUGUUAUAAAGUAUUAAUUAUUCUAAGAUUAGAGUUGAAGAAAUAAAAUAAUAAGGGAAGAUUUAAAUAGAUUAAAAUACAUACUAUGAAGGUGAAAUAUAUAAGGGGAUGAUGCAUGGCAAAGGAAAAAUGGUUUAAAGAACUCAAAACUAUGAAUGCAUGUAUUUAUUAGCUCAUAUAUGAAAGUUAUGAAGGAGAUUUUUAUGAGAAUAAAAAACAUGGCAAGUUCACAGAAACAUAGAUCGAAAAAGAAGUGGCAGACAUAAAUCAGUCCUUUUUUAAAAGUCUCAAUUUGUUAAAGCCUACUAAUUAAAAGAAGAUACAACUUAUAGGAGAUUAUAAGGAGGAUAAGAAAGUAGAUGUAUUUACAAAAAUUACAUAUCUUAAUGAUGUCAUCUAGUCCUAAAGGUAUAAAAUGUAUUCAAUAGUAGAUAUUAAUUCUAUGAUAACGGUGCUUUGACAAAUGAAUUUUCUGACUGA